AUGGUGAAACUAUUCCUGGACAGCGGGGCUAAAGUUAAUGCCGAGGACUCGUUUGGCAGAACUCCUUUAUACUGGGCAGCAUUAAAUGGCCAUGAAGACAUCGUGAAGCUUCUCCUGGAGCGUGGAGCUGUUCCUAAUAUCACGGAUGAGAAUGGCUCGGCUCCAUUACAUAGGGCAGCAUAUAAAGGUCAUGAAGACAUCGUGAAGCUUCUCCUGGAGCAUGGAGCUGAUCCUAAUAUCACGAAUAAGUGGGGCAGAACUCCUUUACAUGGGGCAGCAUUGUACGGCCAUAAAGACUCCGUGAAGCAUCUCCUGGAGCAUGGAGCUGAUCCUCAUAUCACUGAUGAGGACAAAGAAACAGCUUAUGACUUGGCUGUGAAAAAGGGCCAUGAACACGUUAAGAUAGUGCUGCAUAGAUAUGCCUUGCCACCAAUACAGGCCCAUCUUCUCCGCGAGAUGAUUAUGGCGAUAAGUGACCACGUGUCUCUCAAAGAUGUCCGCAUGCUGGCACGUGCACAGCUGGGAAUCCCAGACGCCAAGCUAGACAACAUAGAGUAUGAGUACCAACGCGAUGCUCAGGAGCAAUCCUUCCAGAUUUUGUGGCUGUGGAAAGUAAGGACGGCUGGAGCUACAGUCCAUAACCUGUUUAAGGCUCUGAAGGACCAUCAGUUGAACGCAUGCCUGGACAAAGUCAGAAAUCAAUAUUCCUCAUUGUUGAAUGAAAUAUGGAGCAAGCCAGAGGACGAGUUCCAAAAGUAUUCCUCCUCCCUCCAACGCACUCAGUCAAGCACAGAUGACGUCACGUUGUCCAACAUGACGGAGAUGAACCUGAAAUGCUACGUAUCUGAAGACUUGGAAUCUUUGUAUGUUCCACUUGAGAGCCUCAACGCCAAUGCCAAAGGGAAUGACAACGACAGCAACAAAGCCGUGGUCAAGUAUCGCUUAGCUGGGAAGGGUGUCUGCCGGAAUGGGGCUACAUUCGUUAAGAUGGUCGAAUGAAGGGCUGUGUAAACUUGUGCUUUUAGUUGCUAUUAAGUAGAACGGUCGGCAACUUUUCGGAACAUAUAACUUCGUUAAUCACACUGAAGGAGGCAACAUGCUUUGAACAUGUCACGUCACAAAAAAAGUGACCUAACAAAUUUUAUACAAGCUUAAAAAUGCAUUUUUUUUAUUACCGGCGUAAAUUAAACUUUACUAAAAAUAUUUGAUUUCAUUCAAUAAUUAAAAUAGAAAUUGGUGUUCAGUUAUCACCUACGCCCAGAAACUCAAGAUCAAUGUUCUUUUUGAAAGGAAAAAAAAUCAUCAACAUAUUAUUAUUUCUGUUUAUGUGAAUGUGAUUGUUGAUUGGUUGGUAAAGUGGUUUGAUUUUUAUUCAUAUAAAAUAUAAUGUGAUAUUAUUAUUGCUUUAGAUAGCUGCAUAUGAUAAGUAGAAAAUAUUUUGAAAUAUGGUGUGUGU